AUGACAUCGCAAUUAUGCUCUGGGGAGAUUCCGCAUUCUCUCCUCUCAGCUUUCUGGGUCGAAUCAGCAGGGUGUCCUUCUGUUGACCCUCGCGAUGGCACCGCCAUUCCGAUUGUGAACGGCUUCCGCGGACGCCAUCUUAAUAGAAUUCCCGGGCGUGCAGUCCCCCGAACUCCCAACGGCAUCUAUUUCUUCAACACAAAAACGAAAGCCCUUAUUUCUGUCUCAAACUCAGUCGCCACCACCCCCAAUGGCCUUACAUUCUCUCCUGAUGGAUCGACUUUCUACGUUGCUGACUCUAACUCAGCCUCGGGCAAGCCCAUGAGCCAUUCUCCCUCCAGUUUGCUUAAUGUGUGGGCCUUUGAUGUCAAGGGCUCGAUUUUAAGCAACCCACGGCUGGCUUAUUCGACUGAGGCUGGUGGCCUGAUGGACUUCAAGUGA